GAAUUAGUAUCUAAAUAAAUUGAAGAUUUAGAAAACAAUUUUUGUUUUAUUUAUAAAGCGGAUUUUCAUCCAAUAUCGGUCUAAUCUACCAAUUAUUUCAAAUGAAUAAGGUUUCAUUUAGAUAAGUUGUCAGUGUAUGUAUUCUAUUCGUUGGUAAACAAAUUAUAUAUUUAGUUUCAAUGUAUAAUUUGUUUACGAACGAUGUUAUUCAAUCGAAACGUUAGUAACGUUACCAAUACCAUUAACAUGAUGUAUAGAAUACUAAUCAAAUUGCAAAAUAUUCUUGGACUGAAUUGAAAUAUAAAAUUCUUUUAUUUUUACAGAUACUCAAGGUUAAUGAUGAUUUGCUCAAUGUGCACCCGCAAUGGAAAGGGGCGCUUCUUUACGAAAAUUAUUACAUUCGGAGUUCUAUGGGCACUAGUUAUCUACAGUCUUUACCAGUUUAGAUCUAUUACAAUUGAUGUACCAGUACCACAUUUAAAUAGCAGGCUGCUAUUACAAAAGAGGCUGGAUCCUCUUACCAGACACGCUGAAAGUACAACAGAGAGUAAUGAUCUAGAACCAUUUAUAGACAAGAGUCCAAACUUAUCGGAAGAUAUGCUCAUCGACGACAUACAAAAAAGAAUGCCAAACCUACCGAUUAUAUAUUGGAAUAAAAACAAAAACAAACCUAUGGGCUCAAACAACACAUGUGCCAGAUUUCCGUCGAUGUUCGAUUUAGAGUUUAAUAAUAUUUAUUGGCAAACUCUUCGUACUAGCAAUGGUACCUUCCAAUUAUAUGGUGCUUACUUAGAUAAUAGGCCAAACAACAGGUUAGGACCAACUGUUAGAAUCCUAGGUAUGAUUGAUAGAAUAGAAGCAAAUGUGCCUACUUAUUGUCAGUUUUGGUUUGACAGUAAAAAGGAUCCUGUCAUGGCCAAGACCUUUGAAUAUAAGUAUAUUUGGUACAAAAAAUGGGGUAAUUACAAGCAUGGGAUCUAUCAACCGUAUCUUAUUGCUUGUAUACUUCCACCUAAAUUCAAGGAUCAAGUUCCACAAUCUGUUUCGUUAGUAGAAAAACAAUGUGAUAAUGCCACUAACAAUUUACGAAUUAUCUUCGAGAAACCGAAAGUCAAGAAGGACUUUGCUGUAUGUGUUAAAGGACUAGAUUUUCUUCAUGAAGAUUUGUCAGUGCGAUUGGUAGAAUGGAUUGAACUACUAAAUCUCUUAGGGGCUGAUAAAGUAUUUUUUUAUGAAUUACAUGUCCAUCCAAACAUCAGUAAGGUUUUGAAACACUAUGAACAGGAAGGAAAGAUACAUGUUACUCCCAUAAAUCUUGCUGGAGGUCAGCCAAACGCUCCGUCUUUCCAACAUCUUUAUCUUACUAAAAAAACUAACCAGAAAAGGCAAAAUGAACUAAUUCCAUACAAUGAUUGCUUUUACAAGCAUAUGUAUGAAUACAAAUAUAUUAUUCUUUUGGAUAUCGAUGAAGUGAUAAUGCCAUUGGAGGGAACUACAUGGAAGGGCUUAAUGGACAAAGUUUUACGUAAAGCUUUGAGCACUAACAAAGAAGAAAGAGCGUCAUAUAAUGUAAGAAAUGUAUACUUUUUGGAUGACUUAAUACACGACCAUGGAUGGUUUAAAGAUAUACCAAAGUACAUGCACAUGUUACAACACGUCUACCGCACCAAAAACUUUACUAAGCCCGGCCAAUACGUGAAAUGUUUCCAUAACACGGAUAAAGUUUUGACACUCCAUAAUCACUUCCCAUUAAGUUGUAUUGGAAGCGGUUGCACAAGCUAUGCCAUAGAAACCGAAGACGCACAACUACAUCACUAUAGAGCGGACUGCGUGAAAACCCUCAAAAAAACUUGCGAGGAAUUUAGAAAAACGAGGGUAAUGGACACCACUAUUUGGAAGUUCAAGGAUCCGCUCGCAAAUAGAGUCACGAAGACUCUUCGUACUUUGGGAUUCUUCUCUAAUAGUGAAAGUAAUAAUUCUAUCAGAAAACGAUGAAAGAUAUUAUGUUUUAAAUGAUCAUUAUUUGAAAAUAGUAUCGGUAGUGUACUGAUACUUAGUGAUAAAAAUGACAAAAAGAUUGAUAUGUUUGUUUAGUUUAAAGAGUUUUAUCCAUUGAUGAUUAUCUAUUUGGAUGAUCCAUUUGGUUGCUGGGAAUUUAUUAUUAAAAUUCCGGAUUAUUAUAUAUACAGUAUGUUUUGUAAAUACUGGUAAAUAUUGGUUAUUUACAAUACUACACAUACACACUAUAUAUAUAUAUAUAUAUAUAUAUAUAUAUAUAUAUAUAUAUAUAUAUAUAUAUAUAUAUAUAUAUUUACACGUCCCGGCUAUAGCUCCUCUUUUUAAAAUGCGGUUAUAAGUCGUCUUCCAGAAGGAGUGAAUAUCUUUAAAAUUUCAUUCGUGUAUAUUAAAUUUUUAACCCUUCUUAUAAUGUAUUGAAAAUAAAAACAUUAGAAUUUUUUAUACAAUUACCAAAUUAAUACCAAAUGGUCUUCUGUCUAAAAUUACUAUACAUACCUCCUCCAAUGUAUAUUAAACUAACAAAAUAAAUCUUUCCGCUAUUCAAAAUAUACGUCAAAAACUACAUUACGGUGGUUUACUCCUCCAAAUAUAAAUCAGAGACUAAACGACGGCGGAUAAGUAAACCAAAUAAUAUAUUAUAGUGUGGAAACUCUUCAGGUAUGUACUUAUAUAAUUUUUAUAAACUCCAUCUACAGCUUCUGAUGAAAUGUUAGAUCCCAAUUAUGUUCUCUUCGAUGAUUCUUCAGUAAGGGCAAAAACACUUUUAAAAGAGUAACAUUCGUUGAGUACUCUGAUAUUGAAAUGGAUAACGGAAAAAUAUAUUAUUUUUUUUAAUUUAGUUUUUAGAAAAAAUCUUCAAGUUUUCCAGAAAUAAAUAAUUGUUCUUCCCACUCUAGUUCAAUAACAAGUUAACAAAGAUGAUUUAAAUAUCGAGAUAAGUUUACUUUAAAUAUUUUAGCAAUAUAUUUCAAAGCACAUACUUUUUAGGAACAAUCUAAUUCACCUUCGUCUUCUGUCAGCCUAAAUAUCGAUCAACGUGGAAGAAACUUGCAAUAUAAAUAUGAGGUCUUUAAAAAAAUCUAUUUUUUGUUACUUUUGUGAAUCAGUUCUAUUAAAUUUUCCCAGGCAUAUAAUACGAUAUUAUUAAAGCGAAUUAGAAGUUCAAAUAAUUUUGGUUUACCCUCCAAGAAGUAAAACGAGAAUGCAAUUGUUAUUUGCUUUGAGCAAAAAGGAAAACUAUUUAUUAGGUUCAGCAAAUUUAAAACCAGUUAGGAAAGGAUCUGCAGAUACAAACUACGUACCGUGUGACCACUGCUUCGGCAUGGAUUCUGCAAAAAACUUAUGGCGUCACAGAAAAAUAUGUAAUCCUGAUUGAAUAACCAGAAAUUCCAGAAAAACCAGAAAAUCACAAGCACAAAGUUUCUUAUUAAGGCACCUUACAUUGGACACAUAAUUAUUUAAAAGAAGCUGUUUUUCAUCGAAUCCGAACAGAUAAUGUAUUCCUCGUGGCUAAAACAGAUCCGCUCAUUUGUGCGUUUGGCUCAAGAUAUUUAAAGAUCCAUAGAGAACAAUACUUUAUACCAAUGGCGUCAAGAAAAAUAGGGAAAGUAGGUAAAAUUCUUAUCGAACUAAGAAAAAAUAGUUUCUCAAUUCAAUUAAAACGCUCUUUGACUCAUUGAAACCAGAAUAAUACGAUUCUUUAGUCUUUCCUACUAAAAUAGUUUCAAAACAUAAGCAAAACUUUUAAAGCUGGAUCAUUUGCUAAAAAUAUUUUCACUAUAUAAAAACAGUGUUGUGAUAAUAGCACUUACGCAUAAUGCGAAAAAGUCUGAGUUUACUGUUAAAAGUGUCAAUGCUAAAAUAAAGACACUAAAUACAAAUAAUAUAAGUAAAUUGGAAAUAUGAUAUUUCCAGUCAAGCUUCAAAUGAUUUACGACAUGAAAAAAUUAAACAAAGUGACGUUACUACCACUAGCAAGUGACCUUAUGCUAUUGAAAAACUAUCUCCUCUGAAUCACAAAUGAAUGUUGUGAUAAAUUACAAAAAAAUAAUAAUAAUAUUAAUUCUUACAUGUUUCUGUUAGAAACUGUAUGUAUAUUGCCGUCUAACCUUAUUAAAUAGAAGGCGCCCUGGUGAAUUAGAAAGACAGAUAACUCUGAUUAACUAUACAGAGUUACAUUAGUGCUAAAGAUAAUCAAUAUUAUGAAGAGUUUUCUGAACCAAUUUCAGAAACCGAAAGAAUUUUAAUAAAAAGUUUUAAAAUAAUAGUAAUAAGAAGUAAGAGGGGACGGGGUGUAGCCGUCCUAGGAAGUAAGGAUGUACAAGAACAUUUAGAAAUGAUUACAAAAUGUAAAGAUUUACUUUUAAAAAUACCUAGAUUUUAUCUUUUUGGUAAUCCAAAAUUUGAUAAACCAAUUCGAUGGUAUAAAGUAAUAUCGGUUGGUUGGUUGCGAAAACAUCUAGCAACGCUAACCCAGUUGUUUACAAUAUCGGAAAAUGACAUGGAGCAAACUGGCUUCAUUUAUGGGACCCACAUUAGAAAUCAUCGAUCCUUAUAUCGACUCCCCGAUGACAUUUAUCAAACUGUAAAGAUCUCUAAGUUGCUCUGUUAAUGGAGAAAGGUAGAGCAGGUAAAAGGUUUAGAACAAAUAGAGAUAAAUUUGGAAGAAGACAUUAUAAAAGAUGAUAAUGGACAUAUUAAUGAAGUAUUUAAGGAACAAGAAAAUGAAACCAAUGAUGUUAUUGAAUUAAAAGGUCCAGAAAGUUGUAAUAGUGAAAAACAGGGAAUAAUGGAUAUGAAGACAAAAACAAAAAAGGGUUUUAGUUCCGUGAACAGAAACUUAAAAAAAACUAGCCAAAAUGUAUUUUAAAAUCCACAUCAAGCAAAAGAGACUCCCC